AUGGAUCGCAUGUCGUCGCGUCCGGCGAGCCCGCAGCCUGCACACGUCGUCGGGCGGGUCCCAGUCGGCGUCCCCGGUGCACACCCGCCACACGCGCUCGGGGUCGCUGGUGGGGCCGGGUCCGCCUCCAUCGUUGGCCGCCGUGGGGCGGGGUCAGCCGCCGCAGCAGCCGCCAUGAACAGCGCCGCGCGUGUCGCCUCGCGCGCAUCAUGGGCGGGCCCGGAGUGGAGGACGCCGGCAACGGCAGCGAGGACGAGGAGUACGAGCUCUCCGGCCCCCGCCCCGAGCAGGCGCUGCGUGGCCGCUCACCCGGGCCCCGUCCGCGCCCUGCGUGCCACCCGCACCUCCUUCUACCACCGGGAGUACGCGCUCCAGCGCCUGCUCGCCAGCCUCGCCGCCAAGAACGUCCAGGACCUCAUCCUCUUCAACCGCCCGUGGCCGCUCAACCUGCCGCUCCCCAAAGAAAUCCUCAGUUGUGCCUCCCUCACCCGCCUGUACAUCGGCGUCUGGCACUUCCCGGACAUCACCCCCGGCCACCACCCCGUCUUUCCCAACCUCUGCGAGCUCAGCCUUUUCCACUCCAUCAUCGAGGACAACAAAUUCGAAGCCUUGCUCGCGCACUGCCCCAAGCUGAACAUCCUCUCCUUUGCCAUCGCUUACAACUGCCCUGCACGCCCCCGCAUCAAGUCCAGCAGCCUCCGUGUGGUGUCGGAAUGGAUAUGCAGCUCCGAUAAAAUCAUCGUCGAGGAUGCCCCCUGCUUGGAGCGCCUGCCCUUCGAAAGCGUUGCCGUUUUUGAGCGGAGGAGGCCCAUCAAAAUUGUCCAUGUGUCCAGGUUGGAGGUGCUCGGUGUCUUGGACCUCCAGCUCCACACACUUGAGAUUGGCGGCACCGUCAUCAAGGUUCGGAUGACUAUGAAAGAUAGUGUGAUGCUACCAAACUUGAAGAUACUGGUUGUCAAGGUGCGAUUUUCGCAUGACAAGGAGGUCAAGAUGCUGCACCCUCUGCUCAGAUGCUUUCCUCGUCUGGAGACGCUUCACAUCAUGUCCAUUCGAUCCUCGUCACCUGAUAGUGGAGAUUGUGCUGAGACCUGGAAUUACCCGGGCUCUGCCGACUGCCUCUCUCAUCUGAAGAAGUUUGUCCUCCACGGAUUCCAUGGCCUGGACCGUGAGCAGUUGUUUGUCAGUUACAUACUGGAGAAGGGGAUAAAGACCUUGGGCAUCGUUUACGGUGACAAUGAUGAUGUGCUAGUGAAGAGAGGCCUGGUGCCAGGCUCUGUUGGUGAGGGCAAUGCGCCAUCUGGUGGAAGUAGCAGCUGUGACAGUGAUGAUGUGGUAAUGGAGGCAGACCCUAUCUCAUGUUCCGUUGGUGGGGGCAAUGCGCCAUCAGGUGUAAACAGUGGUAGUGUCCAGGAUAUGUUCCCCAUCCCAUUCACCGGGUGAGUGCAAACAGUGAAGAUUUUGGUUCUGGAAUCCAUCGGCCCCGAUAUGGCUGCAGUUGUCGGAUUUCUUAGACGCUUACCCUGUGUGGAGAAGCAGUACAUCCAGUCAUUUCUUAAGAAUAUCCCGCAAAAUGGCACACCCAACGAUCCUAUUGACUGCCUUGAUCUGCACCUCAGAGAAAUAGUCCAUUUGUAAGUUCUUUGUGAAUGGUGCUUGCUUUAAAGGAUCCGGGGGAGGGGGGAGCGGGUCAGGCGGAGGAGUAGGAGAUCGACGAGGAGGAGAUCAAGGCCGUCACCACGGGCGCGGGCGCCGACGAAGAGGAGGAGGAGGAGGAGGACGGCGGGGAAGGGGACGAGGAGGAGCCAGAACCCACCGACGACGACGAGCAUCAUUGCCAAAGAUGUGGAGGCCUCUUCUGCAGCAGUUGCACCCAGCAGAGGAUAGUAUUACGUGGACAGGGUGCCUCACCUGUUCGAAUUUGUGAUCCUUGCCAAAAACUCGAGGAAGCAGCACGCUAUGAGUUGAGAUAUGGACACAAAAAUAGAGCCGGGAAAGGUGAAAUGUGAAGCCAAGCGUGAAGUCGUGAAGCCUAUAUGCAAAGAGUAGCAUAUCAUAGUAGACUGUAGUAGGCAUAUUUGAGUUGUAGCAGUGUAAAGAUUGUAAUAGACUAAUUUAGUGUUUUUUGGACGAAUUUUAUUUGUUCUAUGAUCUGUUCAAAAUAUUGAUUUCGUAUGUGAUUUGUAAACCUAUGAAAUGGAAACCUCACAAAUUGUUUGAUAAA